AUGGUGGAGCUUCUGAUCAAACGAGGAUCGUUUCAUGAAGCAGUGAAUGAAGUGGGCGCAAGUCCACUGUAUGUGGCUGCUCGUGAGGGCCAUCACGAAGUUGUCAAGCUCCUCCUGGAAAGGGGAGCCGACGUCUCCUCUCCACGAGAAGGAGGGUGGCUGCCCAUUCACGCCGCGGCCGUCGCUGGAGAUGUUGCCUCUACGCGGAUGCUCAUCAACUAUGGAGCUGACUUCCAGGCUUCCAACGAUGCUGGCGCGACUCCAUUGCUCGCUGCUAUUGAAUAUGAGAAACAUGAUGUGGCGGAAUACCUCCUUAAGAGAGGUGCGGAUCUGCACGCGAAGAACGACGCGGGGGAAACACCUCUCUAUCUCGCGGCUGAAAAGGGCGACGAAGAUCUUGUCAACAAGCUGUUGAAGCGCGAAGUAGACGGAAUGGUGAAGACGCAAAUCCACAGGACCACACUAUUUGAUGCUGCUAAAUUGGGACACGACUCUUUCAUUGAUCGCUUGCUUCAGCUUGAGCUCGACGUGUCGCCAUUGAUUGGUCACACCGCAUGGAUGCCAUCGUUGAACCUCGCUGCCUUUACUGGAAAUAUGCAAGUGCUGCGGCUGAUUACAAGGGACCAAAGGGCAGAGUCUUUCUCACCUGACCAGAUGGGACGGAACGCCCUCCACCUUGCUGCACGCAGUGGGAGUGUAGAAGCCUUUGACUUCUUGUGUGACCUUGGGUUCGACCUUCUCACGACAGACCAUUCUGGCAGAUCUGUCUUACAUUACGCCUGCCAAUCAAAGAGCGUGAAGAUGGUUCGGUAUAUUCUUCAGCUGCCAACUGCCAGAGAAUUGCUUUGCUCCAAGCACGAAUGGACACCGCUGUUCUGGGCUGCUCGAGUGGGAAACGCCCAGCUGGUCACUGACCUCAUGCUCGCGGGUCUUCAAGAAGCCAUUGUUUCGACAAGCGAAAUUCCCGGCGAUUUCAGUCCGUUCUCCCUGGCCGAAUAUCAUGCAAAUGACGCUCUUAUUUCGGACGAGAAUUGCCCGUUGAAGAUGAGAGGGAGGAACGACACAGUAUGGGAGACCCGAGGAACGUCCAAUGGGGAUUAUGAAUGCGAUUCCUGUUUCCUGGUGAGUCCCGGUACCUACGCUACCUUAUCAUACUCCCGCUAA